GGUAUAAAAUGAGGCAGGGCUCUUUCAGGAACUCAUCUCUAGCGAUUCCCAUCCAAUCUUUCCUAGGUUUUAAGCAGAGUGAGUGAGGCAAUGGCUCUCUUCUUCUAUGGCAACGACAAUGGCGUCUUCGAUCCCUUCCCGGAGCUCUCGUCCAUCUUGUCCGGCGGGGGCAACGAGCCCUCCAAGCAGGUCGCCAGGGACGCGAGCGCCGCCGCCAACACCCGCGUGGAUUGGCUCGAGACGCCCGACGCCCACGUCUUCAAGGCCGAUCUCCCAGGGCUGAGCAAGGAGGAGGUGAAGAUCACGGUGGAGCACGGGCGCACCCUCCAGAUCAGUGGCGAGAGGAAGAUGCACGAGGCCCAGAAGACCGACAAGUGGCACCGCGUGGAGCGCAGCUAUGGCAGCUUCAUGAGGAAAUUCCGGCUGCCGGAGAAUGCCAAUGUGGACGGGAUCAAGGCCCAAGUGGAGAAUGGGGUUCUCACUGUCACGGUUCCAAAGGUCGCCAAGCCACAGCCAAGAACGAUCCAAGUGGAGUAGAGAAGGAGGAAUCCCCCUGUAGAAAGAAAUGUUUGAAUGGAACGAGAAUUUAGGGUUCUU